AUGACACCCCCGUUUUCUGCCGGUCUAAUCUUUCUGUUAUUUGUAUAUCAAGUACAAUGUUCUGGCUACUAUAACGGAGCAAAAUGGCAUUGUGGUAUCAACUCUGUCACGGAAACCAUAUCGGAAUGGCUGGCGAAACCGUUCGAUUAUCAUGGUACGUUUCUAGACAUAUUUUUGGAAACGAAAACGUUUGAAAAGAGAAAGAACGACGUUUCACAUAUCAGCCACAACAUCUGACUUCAAAAUUAUAAGCAUUCUCCAGUUUGAACGAGUUUAUCCAAGCAGAAACCUCCUUUUCCGCGUUUUUGUAUGUAUCACAUCUUGUGACUGAAUCAAAAUCUUUCGUAAAUCUCGAACGUGCUCUCAUUUGGAUUUUAGUGCAAACCGAUAAAACGGUCGGAAUGAGUUUUCCGCUCAGAUUGCUCAUUUAGAUCUUUUCUUGAAUGAAAUUCGGAUUUUCAUCUGUGCUAGCGGCAAACUUUCUCUUCUUCUUCUUUCAGUUUUUCCUAUUCAAUUUUUCAGGUGUGAACCAGUGCUGUCACGCGCACGACGAGCACUACUAUCACCACACUCUUUCAAGGGAAGACGCGGAUAAAGUGUUUUGCAGUUGUCUGGAUCAAAACGCGAAUUGGUGAGAAAAUAGUCACUUGGUAUCCGUAUCCGUAUCGGUAUUUUUACGAUUUCAGGUUUGUCCGCAAUCUCAUCGAGCCCAUCUUCUGCAAGUCCGUACAAACGUACGCGAUCUGGCAGAGGGUGACCAACCAGGAUCCGUGGACAGCUCCCAUCACCAUAACAACCACCACAACUACUACUCAAUCGCCGUUCAACUUCUAUCUGGAACUCUUGCGGCAAAGAGAGAGGGAAGCUGAACUGAAGAGACAAGAAGAGAUCAGAAAGCAAGAGGAAUCACAGAGAGAGCGCGAGAAGUUCCUUCAGGAGUGGUAUCAAUACCAGGAAUAUCGAAGACAGAAAGCGAAAUUGGAGGAAUGGAACUGA